AUGAAUACGAAACCUUCACGAUCCGAACAUAUUUGUCGUCGGCCAUCUAGGGCCAUUAUGAAACAGCGUUUUUUCCACAAGGCAAUCCAGUUGGAGCAUUCAACAAAUUUCACGUGUAUUGAAAUUGAAAGCCUGUUGCGGAUAUUUGAUAAAAUUGUGGACAAAUACAAAUCCCCGAUGACAAAAUCUGUAUUCAAAGAUGUACUGUUCAAUUUUUUCGGCCUGACAAACGAUAUUAUGAUGGAGAAAAUCUUUCGAGCUAUGACUAAUGGGAAUAGUGUGAUGACACAUGAUGAUUGGGUUCAGGGAAUGAAUAUCUAUCUUCGUGGAACUCUGAUGCAACUGGCCAAUUUUGCUUUCACUGUCUAUGAUCACCAGAAACGGGAUCUGUUAUCCAAAGAGGACAUCCAGAUGUACCUGCGUGAUGUCCUCGUAGUUCGAUUGCCCGAGGAGGACACAGAGGAAUGUCAUACGGAUAUGCUGGAUAUGGCUUUCGUACUACUUGAUCGUGACAAAGAUGGUUAUAUUAGUAGAAAAGAUUUCUUAAAAAGUGUUCUCGCCGAACCACUUUUGUUGCAAGUCCUCGGCGAAUGUUUGCCCCCUGCGAGCAGUGCCCUUACUUUGGAGUCAUUGUUGAAGCAGGUGAACGACAAGUCGGAACUCAUCUGA